CAGUGCCACCUGUCAGUGUCCAUCAGUGCCAUAUAUCAGUGCUCAUCAGUGCCUUGUGCCAGUGCCCAUGAGUGCCACAUCAGUGCCACAUAUCAGUGCCUACCAGUGCACAUCAAUGCCACAUAUCAGUGCCCAUCUGAGCUGCCUUUCAGUGUCACCCAUCAGUGCCAGUCAGUGCCACCUAUCAAUGCCAAUCAGUGCCACCUAUCAGUGCUUCCAAUCAGUGCCACCUAUCAGUGCCAGUCAGUGCCGCAUAUAAGUGCCAGUCAGUGCUGCCUAUCAGUGUGCAUCAGUGCCGCCUAUCAGUGCCAGUCAGUACUGCCUAUCAGUGCGCAUCAGUGCCUCCUAUCAGUGCCUUGCCAGUCAGUGCCACCUAUCAGUGCCAUGUAUCAGUGCUUCCUUUCAG